CCUAUUGAUACAUUAACAUAUUGUUUGCUCUCUUCUGCUGCCUCCUCGUCCCCUUCUCGCUUCGCGUCUGCUCGUCGUCGUCGUCGCCCAGCGGUCUCUCCGCCCUUCCGGAUCCUUCCUACGACGCCUCCUCCCUUUCUCUCAAUCCGCGCUUGGGAUUCGUUCUUCGUCCUCACCUGCCGUCAAAAUAUCGUCUUUCGUGUUCCCCGCCGCCGGAUCCCCGCCGCCCGACCGCCCGCCGCUACGUGAUUCGUCGAUAAAAUGGAAAGCCUUGCCAACUGUGAGCUAGACCAGCGGAUCUGAGAGAUUGCAUGCGCUGGAUUCCCUGGAGUGCCCUGCGUGAGCUGGCACUUGGGGCGUGACCCAUGGCGGACGUAGGCGCAGCGGCGAGGGGGCCGUCGAUGGUUGUGAAAGUGAGGAGGGAGGUCAUGGUCGCUUGCAUGACCUGCCCUCUCUGCCACAAGCUCCUCCGGGACGCCACCACCAUCCCCGAAUGCCUUCACACGUUUUGUAGGAAAUGCAUAACUGAGAAACUCAAUGAUGAGGAGACAUAUCAAUGCCCUGUAUGCAAUAUUUGUUUGGGAGUUAUUCCAAUGGAGAAACUCAGACCGGACCACAAUUUACAAGAUAUCAAGACAAAGAUUUUUCCUCCUAAACGAAGCAAAACCGAAACUCUUGAUGAAACAUCUACCCCAAUGAUACCAACUAAACGUAAAGAAAAAUCCCUUUCUUCAUUGGUUGUCAGCACUUCACACAUAGCAACACAGACAUGUUCAACAGGAAGGCGAACAAAAGCAGUUACUAAAAGAGCAGUCUAUGCACGAGGUCUGAGGCCAUCCUUCAAUGAAUCAUCCGAAAAGGAUGACAACAUUAUUGAUAAUUAUGUGGAAAAGUCUAACUCAAUUGAGAAAAUGAGGAAGGUUUCUCUAAAGAGAAAACAGACUCAUUCAAAUGUUGAGCCAUCCAACCACAUGUUUUAUGAGGGUAAACAGAAUGGUGGUUUGUCAUUUCAGGAUAAAGUUGAUAUCUGGAACCCUUUAAAUUGUCUGGUGGAAGCUGCAAACAGGACAAAAGCUUUUAGCUCUGUUCCUCAGAGACCUGUUGUUAAGGAUGAAAAAUUUAAUGACUAUGGUGGUGAAACAAAUAUUAGCAAUGAAAGGCAUAAAGUGCAUCAGCAUAAGUCUAAAAUUCUUGAAAAGACUGAUAGCAUUCUAAUGCAACCAGUAACACAGAAAGAAAGCAGGUUGCAAAAAGUCACGAGAAGCAACGAUCUUACUGCAUCAGCUCGAUCAUCCCAUGAUGCUCAAAAUUCUCAAUCUGUUAGGAAGAUUAAUCCUAUAUGGUUCUCCUUGGUCCCUUCUGUUGAACAGUUACAGAUAGGUGAUCCACAAUUUCCACAGAUUUCUUCAAACUAUCUGAGAGUCAAAGAUGGUAGCAUGCCUGUGUUAUUCAUUCACAAGUACCUUGUAAAGAAGCUUAAUCUUCAGAAUGAAGCUUCGGUACAAAUCACUUGCCUUGGACAACCAGUGAGCCCUACAACGGCCAUUAACAAGCUAGUAGAGCAGUGGCUAAGCGAGAAGUCUUCGCAAAGGCUUCCAGCGGCAAUCGGAGCCUCAGCCAAGGAGUUUGUGAUGGUGUUGGUCUACAGUUGGAGCAAGGUUUCAGACAACAAAUUAUGACAAGUUCAUUGCACUUAAAGACGUUUUCUUUUUUGCUUCUUUUUCUCUUCUUCUCAUCCAAUCUUGUCUCUAAUGUAUACAUGCAUACCAACGUUUAUACCAUUGUCGUCUCAGAUAAGAACGUAGUUUGCUCUCCAAAUGGGGCUGCAAAGUUGCUUUUCAUUACAGGCGAAAAAUUGUUGUACAUCUCGGUUGAGUGUAUUCUUUUGGGAAUAUUAAAUAUUUGUUUUUGUCGAUUGAAUGA